AUGCGCGGUCUCCUCUCAAUCAUCUCCGUCGUGACUGUCUUGAUCAACCACGUCGGGGUUCAUGCACUCCCUACAAGGCAAGGAAUUCCCCAAGAACUGUUCGAUGACCUUACUUACUACUUCAAGUACGCAUCCUCGGCGUACAGUAGCGACUCGUGUGAUAGGCCAAACCAUAACACCAUGGUCGCACAAUUCAACGACUUUAUUACCGACACUCAGGGUUUUGUUGCUCGCGAUGACACGCGCAAAGAAAUUGUGGUCGCUCUGAGAGGCAGCACAUCUCCAACGGACUUCGUGGUUGAUGCUAGCCUAACGCUCGAGAUGUUUCAAGUCCCUGGUACUUUCCCUCCGAUUGGCACCACCGUUCACUCUGGUUUUCAGAACGCAUGGAACUCUGUCGCGUCCCAGGUCAUCUCUUCUGUCCGGUCGCAACUCGUUUCUCACCCUGGAUACACAAUCGUCACUUCUGGGCACUCCCUCGGCGCAGCGUUAUCGUCUCUCGCAGGUAUAACACUACAGCAGAACUUCCCAUUUUCGCCUAUUCGAAUGUACACGUAUGGCCAACCGCGCACGGGGAAUGAUAAAUACGCAUCAUGGGUCAACGAUAAAUUUGGCCACAACGGAUACCGAGAUGAUGGAAUCCCGAACGUGGUUCCGACAGUUCUUGGGUACCGUCAUCAUGGCAUGGAGUACUGGAUGAAGUCGGAUCCGCCAUCACCAUCGACCGUGCUAGUAUGCGCCGCGGACGGUGAAGAUCCAACGUGCUCAGCGACGGUAUUGAGCCAGGGCAUCAACGCGGCGCACGUUUCGGUGAACACUCAGCAAAAUUAUUCAUCGUCAUAG